AAUGGACCGUGGAGACUCUGCAGAUGAGUCGCAUCGCCCGCAUCAAAGCACUCAAAGCGCUGGGCGAGAAGCGCCAAUGGCAGGCCGCCCUGAGGAUCCUGGAGGAGAUGACAGAGAAGCAGGAGAUGCCGAGCAAGCAUCACUUCACAGCUGCCAUCAAUGCUUGUGAGAGAGCAACUGCGUGGUCAGCUGCUUUGGACCUACUGCAGCACUUUGACCCCGAUGCCAUGGCCUUAGGUGCCGUCCUGGCCACGUGCGCCCGUGCGAAGCGCUGGCAGCACGCCUUAGAAUUGCUUGGAAGCCACAGUGCCACUGUUGACUCCAUGGGAUGGGCGGCUGCCAUUCGAGCUUGUGCCCAUGCCAGUCGUUGGAGCAGAGCUUUGGAACUCUUGUCCCUGGCACGUCGUCCAAAUGUCAUGGCCUACACAGCUGCAGCAGUGGCCGCCGCGCACGCAGGGUCGUGGACUCUGGCGCUGCAGGUCCUUUCUCAAGCUCAGCUCGGCGCUGGAGAUGCAGGUGAAGGUCAAACCGAUGUGGCCCUCUACAAUGCGGUUCUGGGAGCUUGCGUGCAAUCUCCGGGCCGAAGUCCGCAAGGCUGGAAGGCCUGGGUUGCUGCCCUGGAAAUACUUUCAACUAUGGAAGCAUCUGCAAUUUCUGGAGACGAAGUGAGUUAUACGAUGUGUGCGAGAGCAUGCGAGCGAAUGUCACUCUGGGAACAGACUCUGGCUGUGCUUCACUUUGUCCAAGACAAGUCAAUCGUCACCACUGGCGCUGGCCUUCUCAGUUCUCUCAUUGGUGCCCUUGGGCGUGUUGGUCGCUGGGAGGAUGCUUUAGCUUGGUUUGAGGCAGCUGUCAAGACCCCACAGGCGGACAAGUUCAAUACGAGGAUCCACAAUGCCGUGGCCAACGCCUGCGUCAAAGCUGCGAAAUGGGAGCAUGCGUUGUCCAUUUUUCAGCAGGCUCAAGAUCCAAAUGCUGCCAGUUACACAAUUGCCUUGCAUGCCUCUGAGCAUGGGAAGUUCUGGCACGGGGCGCUUCAACUUUUACAAGACAUGAAGGUGGCUGCUGUACAGCCUGAACUGGCAGAUUUCCGAAUGGUGGCCAGGUCCUUGGGUUCUGGAGGGCAAUGGCAGCUUGCUUUGCUGCUGCAAAGCCUCGCAAAAGGAGAGGUUUCUGAUCGAGGCGGAUCGCUCUGGAGUGCAGUGGUUUGGGCUUGCCAGGUGUCUGGUAUGCCCCGGCCCUUUCCACCGCCUUGGGUCUAUUUGGGUUCAUGGAAGGAAUUUAAGGUCUUGAUGUAUGUGCAAGAACAUGCUCCAAGAGGCGAUUUAGAUGCAACGCUUCAAGCAGUUGAAGACUUUGCCCAGGGGGUCCAGUGGUUAAAGAUUCUUGGUGGGUCCAAAGCCCGCAUUCUUCAGAGUUGCCUUCGUCCUGGAGAUGCUGUGUUGGAGUUGGGAAGCUACGUGGGCUACUCCUCACUUUUGCUGCUGCGGCAGUUGAGAAGACUUGGAGGUGGAGGAUCUGUGACUGCAUGCGAUCAAGACGGCGCUGCAGUGCUAAUCGCACAAAAGCUUCUGGAGUGGGCUGCGCCGAAGCAGUGCGAGGUGACUCUACUGUCAGGGCGGGCCAAGGACUGGGCUGAAUCGCAGCGCUUCAAACAAGCAGAUCUGGUCGUCUUGGAUCAUCAAUCUUCCAGCUACGCCCCCGACUUUGCCUUGAUGGCGCUGCAACAGCGGCGAGCGCUGGUUCGCUUCUUUGCAGACAACGUUCUACACCCUGGGGCGCCACAGUUUGUUUACCUUCUACAUCAAGCUGCUUCAACGGCAGCAAUCCACGCUGUAAUUCACGAGGUGUUCGAAUUCUCCCACAAACCUGUCGUGGAAGACUGGGUUGCCGUGGGCGAACUGCAUGUGCAGAGGUGGGAUAGUGGCAUCCUUCAGCAGUGUGCGGAAAUUCGUUGUUGGUCCGCAGAGGUGGAGCAGAUCUGUCGCUACAGUCAGAGGUCCAAAGCAGCGCCGGACUGGACAUCUUUUCAGGCAGAGCUCCGCAAGGUCUUGAAGCCUUGGGUCACAGUACAGUGUGUCCCAGUGAAGCCGCUGCAGCACAAGGAGGUUGUGCCUCGGCGACUCCCUGGAUGUCCAGAUCGCGGCGGCGGUAGAACAACCCCCAGCCCUACGCGCCAGAGGAACGUCAGCGCAGACAAAGUUGCAACAAAUAGCCCUGUUCGCUCACGCAGUUUGCCUGAUGAAUCUGAUGAGGCCCUAAUUUGUGAGCCUGUCACAAGGAGUUCCGUUGCGGAAUGUGGAACUCAUUCCGAACCGCUCUCUGGAAUGCGAAGCAAAUCUCCUUCGCCAUCAUCAGCAAAGUCAACAACCGCAGCUGAGCUCUUGCGAAGGAAGACAUUGUUGAAGAAACAGGCUCAAUCCUCACCCUUGCUGCUGCCACCAAGAAUGGGCCAAGUGAACUCCAGGAGCAGCUCUGUAGAGACAGCCAACUCCGCUGAAAGUAGGGCGAAAACGACCCCGCGAUCACCGGCAUGUGCAGUGACAUCUCCCAGCGGCACUGACGAUGAGCAUUGCCCAAGCAUGGCUGGCAGCAAUGGCAGCCUGGAGACUUCACGUGCUCGUCGGCGUUCCAGUGGCGACAUAUCGGAGGUCAAUGAAGACAUUCCGAGGGCUUGGGGCACAGUGGAAAGAACUUUCAAGGCCUUCUGUGGAAUCAAACCAGGAAUGGAUGGCAAAACCUUCGCAAAGCUUUGCAAGGAUGCAAACAUGGUAGACAAGUCCUUGACCAAGACAGACGUGGACCUCAUUUUCGCCAAAGUGGUUCAGAAAGGCGGCCGGCGAAUUGGCUUGGAACACUUUGAUGCAGCGUUGGAACUGAUCGCAGAGAAGAAGGGAAUGCGACUAGAAGAUGUUUGGUCUCACGUCAGGUGUUGCGGUGGCCCAGUGCUCACCAGCACCAAAGCGGAGACCGUGCGGUUUUAUGAUGACAAGAGCACCUACACAGGGACGCAUGCUCAAGGAGGGCCUGACCCUGGCCGGAAAGGAAGGGGUACUGGAUUGACAUGGUCCGCGACUACACCAUCCAGCGCAGGUGUCCCGAAUUCCCCAAGGGACUUCGAGACGAUCAUGAGCCUUCCGGGCCUUCCGUCAGCGCUGACCUCUGUAGGUUCGAUCGACGACGGGAGACGUGGAACUGGUCGAGUGGGAAGCCUCAGCGAGAAGAAGAUUGCGCAGCAGUUGAGGGGAAAGGAUGGAACCGUAGAGGACACUUUUAGAGCUUACUGCGCGAACAAGCCUGACUUAGAUGGGAAGAGCUUCGUGAAGUUGUGCAAAGAUUGCGAGAUUGUGGAUGAUGUCUUCACGCAGAUCGAUGCAGAUCUGAUCUUCGCCAAGGUUGUUUCCAGAGGUCAUCGUCGGAUCACCUUGCAUCAAUUCGAACUCGCACUCAGAAUGAUGGCGCAGAAGAAAGGUGUUGAAGAGGAUGAGAUUUUCCGGCGGGUUGCAGAAUCAGAAGGUGUCUUGCAUGCGGGGACACAAGCCGACUAUGUGCGAUUCUUUGAUGAUAAAAGCACUUAUACCGGCACCCACCUUUAUGGAGGUCCUGAUAAUACCCAGAGAAGCAGCUUCGAUCAACUAUGGAGCUCCGACUUACGACCAGAUAAUGCAACUGACGAUCGCCUACCAGACAUGGUGGUGACGAAGAUUGCAGAGAUCAGCCCCACAGCAGGAGGUGGUGGAAGAGCUGAGCGGCCAGCAGCUCCUAAGGCGCAGCCAAGAGCGCGAUUGGCUAUCACCGCAAAGAGCAAACCUCCCCAAGGGAAGAGCGACGACUUCACUAUGGUUUUCACAGAUGUGCAAGGCUCUACGUCGCUGUGGGAGGCAAAUCCUCGGGCCAUGGAAAUGGCGUUGAGACUUCACGACGCGACGAUCCGCCAAGUCUUAGCCAAACACAGUGGUUACGAGGUGACAACCGAAGGAGAUGCGUUUCAAAUCGCUUUCCACGACACCUGCGACGCUGUGGCUUUUUGCCUGGACACACAGGCAGAGCUGCUGCGAUGCGAGUGGCCAGCUGCCACGUUGCAACAUCCUGAUGCUGCCGCCAGCAGUGAUGGUGCGUGGAGAGGCCUUCGCGUGCGCAUGGGUCUGCAUUCUGGUCGGCCAGCCUCUGUCACCAAGCACGAGGUGACUGGCCGCACACGAUAUGCAGGGCCGUCAGUGGCGAUGGCCAAGGCGAUAGAGGGCGUUUGCCAUGGAGGUCAGAUCAUCAUGUCAGCGAGCAGCUUCUACCUGAUUGAUGGACUGCUGACACUCCUUGGCACUCCGCAGGUUGUUGACCUGGGAGAACACAUUUUGGAAGGGCAUGGUUUGACGGAGGAUGCAUCCAGAACUGGAUGCGCUGGCCGAGCCAAAGUGCAGCUUAUUCAACUAGUGCCUGAUGCCUUGGCUCAUGCAUACUCCUGUGAGGAUCAAGAAGAUCCAUCAUCUUUCACAGGUGGCCGUUUGUUUCCACCCAUCGAUAGCGAGCAGAGAGUCCUGCCUGGCUUUGUGGAAUCACCUGCAGGGCCAUCCAUCACUCUCUGCUUCGUUUUCACCCAGGGUGCAAGGGAGUUGGUGGCCACCGAUCCCAUGCUCGCGAAUCAAUCCCUUGGGCUAUUGCGUGGAUAUUUGCGAGACGUGCUUCGGAAUGCCGGUGACGGUAGUGGCUAUGAAUGCCAAGAAGAUGAGGGAGCCUUCAUGCUGGCUUUCGCGAACAUGUUGGAUGCUGCUGUUUUCUCCAUCCUUUUGCAGCGAAAGUUGCCUCACCUUCAGUGGCCGGAAGGCCUGAAGAUGAGGGGUCCUAACACCGCUCGAGGGCUUCGGGUAUCAAUAGGAGCGCUCUCUGGUGGCUACACGUCCAGGAGACCGCAUGCCUCAACUGGACGAGCAGAUUACUUCGGCACCAUAGUGAACCGAACUGCUCGCAUUGCAGCCGCUGCUCACCCUGGACAGGUGCUGUUGGGUGGUGACACACCCAUAGACCCUGCGGCCACGAGCCGACUACCAGGGCUGCAAUGGCAGCAGCCUCCAGCCUUGCCAGGCUAUCCUCAAAUGGUUCCACAGCCAACUCUAGCCUCACAGCCCGCGAUGCCACAACCACCUGUGGCGACGGCGGCUGCACCCUCUCUGCUGUAUCCUGGCAUCACAGGAUGGAAGGUGGGUCAGCCUGGGCAGCCUGUGCAGCACCCCAUGGUGCAGCCACAGGGCGCACCUGCGCCGGGCCGGCCGGCGCCUGGGUCACUUCCCAAUGCUCCAGCUGGCGCGCCAGGUUGGUCUCUUCAGCGUUUAGGUGCUUUUGCACUCAAGGGCAUUGACAGCCCCAUCGUGUUGACCGAGCUUCGCUUGUUCGACGAGGGAGGCAACUUUGAGUCCUUCCCCGACCCAAAGACCAAAGGCCGCGUAUCUGCUUGA